UUUAGUCAUUUUCUCCAUGGAGAAACCCUUUGUGAAGCGCGUUAGGGGUGAGAGACGAGUGCGAGAGUUCAACUUCAGCCCUUGGGAGCGGCUAACAGAGGAGCGAUGAAGAUCUUCGUGAAAACCUUAACUGGGAAGACCAUAAUCCUAGAGGUUGAAUCUAGUGAUACGAUAGACAAUGUCAAGGCUAAAAUUCAGGACAAAGAGGAUCUCUGUCUCUUUUUCUCAAUCCAUUAUUUGUGAAGCAAAAAUUUCAUUUCUUUCUCAGUCUAUUAUUUAUGCAGCAAAAAUUCCAUUUCAAACCAUUCAUUUUUGUUCAAAUCAGCCUGUAAAUUAUAUUAAAUUUGCAGGAAUUCCUCCGGAUCAGCAACGCCUGAUCUUUGCUGGAAAGCAGCUUGAAGAUGGUCGCACUCUCGCUGAUUACAACAUUCAGAAGGAGUCCACUCUGCACCUUGUUCUGAGGCUUCGUGGUGGAAUUAUUGAGCCAUCUCUAAUGGCAUUGGCUAGGAAGUAUAACCAAGACAAAAUGAUCUGUAGAAAGUGUUAUGCACGUCUGCAUCCUCGGGCUGUGAAUUGCCGGAAAAAGAAGUGUGGACACAGCAAUCAGUUGAGGCCGAUGAAGAAGAUCAAGUAGAUCCUGAUGGUGAUUUCUGGGGAAUUAGAAGUUUUUGUGGCCUCUUUCUAGCAAAUCUACAUUGAUUUCUGGACAUUGCGUUUGAUAUUCGAUAUCUUUAAAGCUUUUUGCAGUUUGGUUUUCCCCCUCUGGUUUCUAUAUGUUGGGAAAGGCAUGGAGAGUUUGACAUUGAAACUCCCGAGUUCAAACUAGAUGCAUCCAUGGCCACAUCCCCUCUAUGUAAUCGGAAUUGCUUAUUGAAACGGGUAUGGUUACUUUUACUGAGCUAGUAUGCUAUUUGCUCAGUGCGAAGAGGUGAGAGAAAUAUAAUUUGUGAACCGACUGAUCUUAUGGAACUGGAACAUUAGAUCGGUUUGGUUUGAAAAUUUGAGAGCAUCUGAUAUCAAGAGGACAGUUGCAUGUUGACUGAAAUAAUUUUAAAAACAAGUUGAACUAUCGGGA